AUGCUUCGCUUAGAGGGUCACGGAACUCCCAAAACUCUAUGUCGCUGUGGUCUUGCUGCUCCCCGUUUCCGAUGUCACGACUGCUUUGGCACGCAGAUGUUUUGCCACGAGUGCAUCCUCCACAGCCACACAAGGGAUCCUUUGCACAGGAUUGAUAUGUGGAACGACUCAUUUUUCCAGCCCACCACUCUGAGAAAAUUGGGUCUACGUGUACAGCUAGGUCACGCCCCAGGUGACAGGUGUUAUAAUCCUCAUCCCUCCUCCAGUGACAACUUUGUCGUCAUUGAUGUCCAUGGCAUCCAUGAGAUUGCCCUCGACUUUUGUGGGUGUGCGAGUGCUCAAAUUCACUACAAACAGCUACUCCGCACACGCUGGUAUCCAGCAACCACAUCAGACCCUCGCACUGCUGCAACAUUUGCUCUAAUGGAACACUUCCACCUUCUAUCAUUCGAGAGCAAAGUGUCGGCCUAUGAAUUUUACCACUCACUGGCAAGACGGAACAACAAUGCUGGCCUGUCGGUUAUAAAGGAUCGCUACUCUGCAUUCAUGCGCAUGGUCUGUGAGUGGCGCCAUCUCAGGCAACUUUGGCGUGCAGGGAGAGGAAAUGAUCCCAAUGGCAUUCAUGCCACCACCGCGGGUGAAUUGGCUGUGCAGUGCCCAGCAUGUCCCCACCCUGGCAAAAAUAUACUGCAAGGCUGGGAGGACGAGCCACCAUGGGUUAGGUGGAAAUAUGCACUGUUUAUUGCAAUUGACGCCAACUUCAGGUUGAAACGCAAGGCAGUGUCGUCAGACAAUGUAGACCCUAGCCUCAACUCUGGGUGGGCAUAUUUCAUUGAGGAGGCUGCCUACAAGGCAUACUUGGCCCAUCAAGUUGGCGUCAAGCAAGAUCGCAGUACAUGUGUCAAUCACAACACUGUCAAUCUGGCAGAUACAAAGUCUUCAUAUGGUCUGGCUGUCACAGGUGUUGGUACAGUAGACUGUGCCAGGCAUGACAUGAAGCUCGCCAAUGGUGUCGGAGAUUUACAGAAGGGUGAAAAAUAUAUAAACAUGGACUACCUUGUUUUCUCAGCGCUGUUGGCCUUCACGGUCACCAUGAUCAACAUCUCGUACGACAUUGCCUGUCAAUGGCAUAAGAAGCUCUGGGCACGUAUGGAAGGCAUGCCAUCAAGAUUUCACAUCCCUCGCGACUCAAUGACCAUCCGAUUUUUUGUGCUGAAGUUUCAUCUGAAGGCGCACAUCGAUGAAUGUCAAAGAAACUUUUCAUUCAAUUGGUCAAAACACGUGGGACGAACAGACGGCGAGGCUCCCGAGCAUGAGAUGGGUCCAGGAUCGCGUCGAGAUACCCUUGACGAUCAUUUCGGGGAUUGGAACUGGAAGAAAAUUACGGCGCUGGGUUGUACACUCUUGCACAAGAUCCGCAACACCAUUAAGUGGAAAAAGGAGCAUGAGGAAGGACUAGCAGAGCUAGAGAGGACCAUUCAGCCAACGCUCGUCCUUCAGUGGAGGAAAGAAGUUGAAGCUUGGGAGGAGGACAACUCUCAACCUAAUCCGUUUGAGAGCCGCUAUGCUCCUAUUACACAAGCCGCAGUUCGUCUACAGCUCGCUGAGCUUGAAGCCCAUGAACUUCAGGCAGGGAUCAACGUCUCCCUGCAUACCGACAUUUCCCCAAGCAGAUUGAUCACCGCUGGCAUCGAUCUUCAAGACCAACACUCACUUCGUCAUCGAUCUUCAGAAGCUGGCACGACAAACACGGCGCAGCUAAAGCCUGAGGUGUUCAAGCUUUGGCUCCCAUCUGAACUCCAACCAACAGUAGGAUGCGACGACAGGCUGGCUGCACACGAAUGGGAUCUACGGCAUGCACAAGCACUGGAUGCCCUUAACAAAGUCUGUUCACAUCUCUGCCUUCGGUCUCACAUGUAUAUCUACAAAGAUAGAAAUGCUCUCAUCGAAGGCAUGGAGGUGAGGAAAUGCGCUAGUGUUGACAAGUAUCGGUGUGCACGUAAUGCGCUGUUAGCUCUCAGCCAUCAACUCAAUAGGUCUGGCUGGGACAUAUCCCUUCCACCACUCCUGGACUCACAAGUGAGGCCUAUGGGCGACAUGGAGAGACAAGGCACUGGUACUAUUUCUUGGAUCUGGCUGGACUCACAUGUGGACAAUAGUAGCUCAGAAAAUGAGCGAGUUCAGGAUUUGGAGUGGUGCAAAGCGCACGCACGUGCAAACCGCUGGUCGGAGGAAGUUGAACUCCUCCUCAAGGAGAUGCGAAGAGUUAUCGCGUUCUUGAGGUGGCAGGCGGAGUGGUGGAGUGAAAGGCAUAGUUCUCAAGUCCCGGAGUCGCCAGCAGAACAGGAAGGACUGGCUGCAUAUGCAUGUUGA